AUGGGAUCUGUAGCAGAAAGCUUCGUCGGCAGCAUAGACCAGGGCACCACGUCCUCCAGGUUUCUCAUUUUUAACAAACGAGGCGAUCCAGUAGCAUCUCAUCAGAUCGAGUUCAAGCAGAUAUAUCCGCAGCCAGGAUGGCAUGAACAUGAUCCUUUGGAGAUUGUAUCGUCUGUGGAACAGUGCAUCGAUGGCGCGGUUGCGGCCUUCGAGCAGCAGGGCCACGCAGUCAACAGCAUCAGAUCAGUGGGUAUCACGAACCAGCGAGAGACCACUGUUGUCUGGGACAAGGUCACCGGCCAGCCACUAUACAAUGCCAUCGUGUGGACGGAUACAAGGACACAGCUCAUGGUUAGGAAGCUGAAGGAGAGACUUGGAGCCGAUAAGUUGCAGGACCUGUGCGGUCUACCACUGUCAACGUACCCCUCCGUAGGAAAGCUACUGUGGUUUCUCGAGAACGUACCUGCCGCUAAAGAAUCAUACGAGAAGGGCAAUCUCUGCUUCGGCACCAUCGACACCUGGCUUGUCUAUCGGCUCAACGGAGGCGCACAGAAGAACGUCUUCGUGACCGACCCUAGCAACGCGUCUCGUACGAUGUUCAUGAACAUUCACAACCUCAAGUACGACCCGUCUUUGAUCGACUUCUUCAGGCUUGACUCAACGAAGGUAAACCUUCCUGAGAUUAUACCUUCCUCACACAAAACCAAGUAUGGCUCGUUGGCAUCUACGUUACUUGCUGGCGUGCCCAUAACUGGCUGCUUGGGAGAUCAAUCUGCUGCCCUUGUUGGACAGAAGGGAUUUACACCAGGGCUUGCGAAGAGCACGUACGGCACCGGCAGUUUCCUGCUUUACAAUGUCGGCGAAAAGCCCGUCAUCUCGACUCAUGGUCUUCUGACCACCGUCGCCUUCGACUUUGGCGAUUCGAAGCCCAUGUAUGCACUCGAGGGGUCCAUUGCAGUGGCCGGGUCGUCCGUAAAGUUCAUGGUCGAUAACUUCGGAUUCGCUGAGUCGUCUUCUAAAAUCUCUGCUCUGGCCGAGACAGUAGAGGACAACGGUGGUGUUGUGUUCGUCACAGGCUUCAGCGGCCUCUUUGCUCCAUACUGGAUUGACGAUGCAAGAGGCACUAUCUUCGGAAUUACAGCCUACACCAACCGAGGUCACAUUGCUCGUGCGACCCUAGAGGCGACGUGCUUCCAGACAAAGGCCAUCUUGGAUGCGAUGGAAAAGGACAGUAAGAAGGCUCUCACAGAGCUUGCUAUCCAAUCGGACCUCAUCGGCAUUCCCGUCAAACGUCCCGCGAUGCGCGAAACCACCGCCCUAGGUGCAGCUAUCGCUGCUGGCCUGGCUGUGGGCGUUUGGAAGAGCAUCGAUGAGCUUUCGGAAGUCAACACACACGGCAGCACACAAUUUAGACCCGCCAUUCCGGCAGAGACUGCGAACAAGCGGUUUGCAAGGUGGACCAAGGCUGUUGAAAUGAGCAGGGGUUGGUUGGGCGAUUGA